GGCUCCUGGCCGCGGCCGGCCCGGGCUCCCCCGCGCCUCCCGGGCGCUGACUCAGCCGCAGCCCGGGCCCGGGCAGCGCGCGCCCCGCGCCCCGCGCGCCCCACGCCCCGCGGCCCCCGUGCCCCGGAGCCUCGCCGCGGGCGACCGGCUGCCGCCGGGCUGGAACCUCGGUCCGCCGCCCGGAGCAUCGCCACCGCCUCGGCGCCGUCCGCGACCCGGGACCCCGCGAGCGCUCGAGACCGGCUUGGCCCAGGGGUGGAAGAUGGUCCCAGCUCAGCCCAUGCGAGAGGAGGAGCCCCAGUCAUCGUCCCACGAUGGAGGAGCCCAGCCCCGGGCCAGUCUACGUGGACGUGGACAAAGGCCUCACCUUGGCCUGCUUUGUCUUCCUCUGCCUCUUCCUGGUGGUGAUGAUCAUCCGCUGUGCCAAGGUCAUCAUGGACCCAUACAGCGCCAUCCCCACAUCCACCUGGGAGGAGCAGCAUCUGGAUGACUGAGGCCCGGCCAGUCCCCCGCCUGGGCCCCCCACCUGCCGCCACCUGCCCGGUUCACCCCCCCA